CCGAUAUUUCAUUUGGAUGAAACUACUACAGUUGGCAUUUGUCUUAAUAUACUCGAUUUUAAAUUUCUUGGUUAUAUCAAUUUUAUAUUCAUUUAGAAUUUAACCUUCAAGUUGAUUGAAUUAUUUGAUUAGGAAGAAACGAGUUUACGAAGAAGUGCUUAAAAUUUGAACCUAGAAAAUAUGCUCAACAGUUUGCAUAUAAAUUUCAAGUUAUCUUGUAGCAUUAAUAUGCAUUAGCUAAUUAAGGAAAAUUCCAUUAAUUAGAAACUUAGCAUUGGUAGUAAAAUUAGCGAGCAGAGUAACAACAAAUGAUUUGGAGCUUUUGACAACUAUAUAAAAAUUCAUUACCAUAACAAAACAUAAUAUAGAAAACCAUAGAAAGAAAAGUAUCAUACAAUCAUCAUGGGGAAGAAAAAGAUGGACCUAACUUACAUUACCGAUGGCAAGGCAAGGGAAGCAACUUUAAACUUAAGGAAGGAAGAAUUGAAGCAGAAACUCUAUGAGCUCCAUGUUCUUUGCGACGUUGAUACAUGUGCGGUCAUCUACAAUCAAUACGACCCUAAUCCAGAGGUAUGGCAAUCGACCUCAGAGGUUAAAAGUGUAUUUGAGAAGUUUGAGAUGUUGUCAGAGAAAGAGAAGACAUGUAGAUCGGUGAACCAUGAAGAAUUUCUCCAUCAGAUGAUCGAAAAAGCCAGGAGGAAAAGACAGAAACUGAAUGACCAAAACAAGGAGAAAUACAUGAGGGAACUCAUGUUCGCGUUUCUCAGUGGGAACAUGGAAGAUUUGAGUUUAAACAAUGAUGAUCAUUCUGAGUUGUGUAGUUUCAUUGAUCAAUAUCUCAAGCAGCUUGUUCAUCAUAAGAACCAAACCUUAAACAAUCCAAACUUUGAAAUCGGCCAGUCUUCCUCAAUGGCUCUGGACAUGAACAUAGCACAAACCUCUAUUGCUGAAGCAGGUUCCUCUUCCUUUCUGGUCUCUAAACCCCCUAGGUCUUCUGAACUAACCAAAAUGUGGAAGUCAGUAAUCUUUUCAUACCGUAGUGAUUUACCGCAUGACAAUUUUGUUACAAGUAUUCCCUCAACAAGUAGCAACGAAGAAGUAUAUAUUCCGGUUAUGAAUCAGGUUAGAGCUUAUAUUAUGAUUAGCAUCAACAUACAUUUUUUAAAUGAUAACCAAUAUUUAAAAAAAAAAUAUUAUUCGAUCGGUUCAGGAUGA